AGCAGAGACAAUUUUAACUUAGCCAUUCCUAAUUUAUCUCAAGCGUUUUCAAUUCAUCUUCACUGCUCUGUGCACACAGGAGCAGCAGAUUGCCUUCCCUGGGGAACAGAAUGCAACCCGGGAUCUAGAGAGCUGUCACAUUCCAAGAAAUAUUUAAAUUGUGCUGAUUUUCUUCUGGAGAACUGAGCCCAGGGAAUGAAACUCUCCAUCAAGUCAUAGCUUUGCGGGCAAUAGAUCAGAGGAUAUUGCCAGUUUCCUAAUGGAUUAUUGUUAUCGGGCAGGUUUUCUCUGAAGCAACAGAAAUCAACUUGAGCAAGAUCAAUGGAAAUAAAAGGAAUUAUUGAAAGAGUCAUGGUAAUUCAUAGAUCAAAUGGAAAAAAAAAUCAUCGCUUGCAAAGGACAGAAAACAGGGACACUUGCAGAUAUUACAAAGGAAUCAACCCAUGAUGUGACAUUUGCUCCUCAGCUGCUGUUACACCCUUCUUGGAUGGGGACUGGAGAUCAGCCAGAUCAGUUGUGUGUACAAAGCUGCUUUGGAUCUGUCUUUUCAAAUAAGAGCUGCUGAAAACGCUAUAGCAAGGUUGAAGCUUUAUCCCACUCUGACUCACCCAGAAUGCACAGCCCUGAUUUUGCAUGAGAAGGGCCACCUCUACAGAACCUAAAACACUGUCAUCUACAGCACUGGCUCAGGAGUUGAACUCACCAAUGGAUCCACCAUCAAUCGGCCAGAAGUGAAGCAGAGAAUGAUUAAAUUUUAUCAAAUGAAAGAUUUUUUUCAAAUACUGGAUAAAAUGAGAUGCUUGCGAAAACGCUCUACAGUGUCAUUCUUAGGAGUUCUUAUAAUUUUCCUCCUGUUUAUGAAUUUGUACAUUGAAGACAGUUAUGUUCUGGAGGGUGACAAACAACUAAUAAGGGAAACAUCUACGCAUCAACUAAAUUCUGAACGCUAUGUUCAUACUUUCAAAGAUUUAUCUAAUUUUUCAGGAGCCAUAAAUGUCACUUAUCGCUAUCUAGCUGCCACACCUUUACAAAGAAAGCGAUAUCUUACUAUUGGACUUUCAUCAGUGAAGCGAAGGAAAGGAAACUAUUUACUUGAGACAAUCAAAUCAAUUUUUGAGCAGUCCAGCUAUGAAGAACUGAAGGAAAUUUCAGUAGUGGUUCAUUUAGCAGACUUUAAUUCAUCCUGGCGUGAUAUCAUGGUGCAGGAUAUUACACAGAAAUUUGCCCAUCAUAUUAUUGCAGGAAGAUUAAUGGUGAUACACGCUCCAGAGGAAUAUUACCCAAUCUUGGAUGGUCUUAAAAGAAAUUACAAUGAUCCAGAAGAUAGAGUCAAAUUUCGUUCCAAGCAAAAUGUAGAUUACGCUUUUCUGCUUAAUUUCUGUGCCAACACUUCAGACUAUUAUGUGAUGCUUGAAGACGAUGUCCGAUGUUCCAAAAAUUUCUUAACUGCCAUCAAGAAGGUUAUUGCAUCUUUAGAAGGAACUUACUGGGUAACUCUUGAGUUCUCUAAACUUGGCUACAUUGGUAAACUCUAUCAUUCCCAUGAUCUCCCACGAUUGGCACAUUUUUUACUAAUGUUUUAUCAAGAAAUGCCUUGUGAUUGGCUAUUGACCCAUUUCCGGGGUCUGUUGGCUCAGAAAAAUGUGAUCCGAUUUAAACCAUCUCUCUUCCAGCACAUGGGUUAUUACUCCUCAUAUAAAGGAACUGAGAAUAAGCUAAAGGAUGAUGAUUUUGAAGAGGAGUCAUUUGACAUCCCCGAUAACCCCCCUGCAAGUCUGUACACCAAUAUGAAUGUGUUUGAAAAUUAUGAAGCAAGCAAAGCUUACAGCAGCGUUGAUGAGUACUUUUGGGGAAAACCACCUUCCAAAGGAGAUGUCUUUCUUAUUGUCUUUGAAAACCCAAUUAUAAUAAAAAAAAUUAAAGUGAAUACUGGAACAGAAGAUCGGCAAAAUGAUAUUUUGCAUUAUGGAGUCCUAGAUGUUGGGAAAAAAAUUAGUAAACAAAUGAGAGAAUGCGAUACUUACUUAAGACUAGGGGAAUUCAAAAAUGGAAACUUUGAAAUGUCAGAAGUUAAUCAAAAAAUUCCAUUUGAUGUAUAUUGUAUUAGGAUAUGUGUGACUAAAACACAAAAGGAAUGGCUGAUUAUUAGGAGUAUUAGCAUUUGGACUUCUUAGCCAAUUAAAUCAGAAUAUUCAAUUUCUGAACCAGGUCUUCCUGUUUCUUUCUUUCUCUUUUGUUUAUGUUUUUGUGUUUUAGCUAUUUUCCUUUUUUGUUGCUUUUGUCUUCUAGAGGGAAAGCAAUGGAUAUGAUAUGUUAAAAGAAAAGUGAUUCAUCUUGGCAGUUUUGAUUUUCACAUUGUCAAAACAAUUUUACUCUAAGACACACUUGUGUUCAUUUUCAUUUAUGAAGUUGAAUAUCAUUCCAUGGUUAAUGCUACUUUCAUUUUAUAUUUUUAAAUAUUCUUAGCUUCACAAUUUUAAAUGGUUGUCAAAGUGUAACAUGAAAGACUUAAAAGGAAAAAAAAUAUUGGUUGUUUGUGAUUCUUGAAAACUAGUUGCCAACUGUAUAGAUUUGCUCAAGAAUAAUAAUUCAUUAUAUCAUCAGAUAGCUUUUUUCAAUCACCUGUGUGAAUAUGCAGUUGUGUAGAACUAUAGUCUGAUGUGUUUUUCAAAGUUAGAUUUUCAUUGAUUUCUGUACAUCAACUGUGAAGUAGUGUUUUUACAACAUGAUUUUAUGUGUAAGUAGGGAUAUGGAAAUGAAAAAAGAAGAAUAUUUAUCUUUCCACUGAUUAUUUAUAUGAAGUGGAACACUGUUCUUUGCUUAAAAACAUUUAACUGACCAUUUAUUGUUAAUAAAUUUUCUGUGGGAAGAAGUCUUUUUUAGUUUCCCUUUUCCAAAAAAAGAGAUAGAUUCAAUAUUUUUAGAUUGCAUUACGUACAUGCAUUUGAUAGAAAACAUUAGAGAAGGUGUAUAAUUAGGUCAUUCAUUUACAUAUUUUUAGUAUAUGCAGAAAACUUUUGAAAUUGAUUUUAUAUGUUUUUUAUUAAAAUUCUUGUGAUUGAAAUUAUUGUAAUUCAUCAUAAACAUUUUGGGAGUAUAAGUGGCUUAUUUUAUAAGGAAGACAAUAAAAACCACCCACAUUUGUUGAUUUUUCUAUAUUAAGGGAGGUGUUUCUUAACAAAGCCAGAGAAGUCAGCUAUUCUGAUAACCAGACACAGCUCUUUGCCUUGUAUGGAGAUUGCUCUUCCCUUUAGUUUUCUAUUCUUAUUUUGCUUUGUAAGUCAGCAAAAAAAAAAAAAAAAAAAAAACUAUGUUAUUUAGAAA